GCCGCUGCUGGAGCCGGAGCGUGUCCUGCUGUGGGGACUCCGGCGCGCCUGCACAGUUAUCCUGUCCUGUGUCGCCGAGGGGUCGGCCUGAGGCUGGCGGAGUGGAGAAGGUUGGAGCUUGGUGUUUGUAGUCUCCGGAUGGCCGGUUCUGGGGACCCCCGCCCUUGGUGCAGACCCGUGGCCAACGGUCUGGGUUCCUGGAGGGCUUUGGAGCGUCUCCGGAUUCUGCUUCCUCCUGCGGGUUAUCUUCCGACGUCGCUUCGCCCUUUGAACUUAUAUCGACUUUUAUAAAAGAAUGGAAUCAAGUGAUGGCUUUUUCUUUAGAAUUUGAAUAUGGAGGCUUCAGGAACAGAUGAAGUUGACAAGCUAAAAACUAAAUUUAUAUCUGCUUGGAACAACAUGAAAUAUAGUUGGGUGUUGAAAACAAAGACAUAUUUUAGUAGAAAUUCACCUGUUUUAUUGCUUGGGAAGUGUUAUCAUUUUAAAUAUGAAGAUGAAAACAAGGUGCCGCCUGCAGGAUCAGGGUGCGCCAUUGAAGACCAUGUAAUCGCAGGGAACGUGGAAGAGUUCCGCAAGGACUUCAUCUCUAGAAUAUGGCUGACCUACAGGGAGGAGUUCCCUCAAAUAGAAGCUUCCGCCUUGACGACGGACUGCGGCUGGGGCUGCACUCUGAGGACUGGCCAGAUGCUGCUGGCCCAGGGCCUCAUACUGCAUUUCCUUGGUAGAGCUUGGACCUGGCCUGAUGCACUGCACAUCGAGAAUUCGGACUCUGACUCAUGGCCUUCCAACACUGUCAAAAAGUUUACUGCGUCAUUUGAAGCCUCGCUUUCAGGGGAAAGAACGCUCAGAACCCCAGCAGCAUGUCUGAAGGAGACGGUGGGGAAGCACUGUGACGACCAUUCAGUGCGGAAUGAGACUUACCACAGGAGAAUCAUCUCCUGGUUUGGAGACUCCCCCGGGGCUGUCUUCGGCUUGCAUCGACUGAUCGAGUUCGGGAAGAAGUCUGGGAAAAAGGCUGGCGAUUGGUACGGACCAGCCGUGGUCGCUCACAUUUUAAGAAAAGCAGUUGAAGAAGCGCGGCACCCUGAUUUGCAAGGAAUAACUAUUUAUGUUGCACAGGACUGCACAGUUUACAAUUCUGAUGUCAUUGACAAACAGACUGAAUCUGUGACCUCUGGAGAUGGGCGUGACAAGGCUGUUAUUAUUUUAGUUCCUGUUAGACUUGGUGGAGAGAGAACCAAUACGGACUACCUGGAGUUUGUGAAGGGUGUUUUAAGCCUCGAAUACUGUGUAGGUAUUAUUGGCGGCAAACCGAAGCAGUCCUAUUACUUUGCUGGAUUUCAAGAUGACAGUUUGAUUUACAUGGACCCUCAUUACUGCCAGUCUUUUGUAGAUGUCAGCAUAAAGGACUUCCCCCUUGAGACGUUCCACUGCCCUUCUCCUAAAAAGAUGUCAUUUCGAAAAAUGGAUCCUAGUUGUACGAUAGGAUUUUACUGUCGAAACGUCCAGGACUUUGAACGAGCAUCUGAAGAAAUCACUAAGAUGUUGAAAAUUUCCUCCAAGGAGAAAUAUCCAUUAUUCACUUUUGUAAACGGCCACUCCAGAGACUUUGAUUUUACGUCUACGGCACCCAGUGAAGAAGACCUUUUCUCGGAAGAUGAAAAGAAAAAAUUCAAAAGGUUUAGCACGGAAGAGUUUGUCCUGCUUUGAGGAUGAAAACGUGCAUGCCUAUGGGAAGAGCUUGAGCACGGCAGAGCCAAGGAGAGGCACAGGCGAGCUGGAGGUCGCUUGUGAUCAGGUCCUAACUGCGCAUGCCCCCUAACAGCACACGUUUGAAAACACCCAAACGGUAAAGGUAUUUUUCUGAAAUGUGUGGGUGGCUCUUGCUUUCCAGUGAUACAUAACAAGUGAUUCUGGCUGUAUUCCUGUUUCCCAAAGAUGAGCUAAUGAAACACUAUCUUAUCGGCGAGCCUUUCGGGCCCCAGCGUUUUCUACCUGAGCCCACGGGUCCCCUGAAGGUUUUGGGAUAUAAGGUCCCCCAAAGAUUCGGAUCUCACCAAAUUACUUUUAAACGCCUCACUUUGUAUUAAUGACAGGAGACCAGAGACUGGAUCUUCAGAACCACCCAGCCUCCUGCUGUUAAUGUAACCUGAGGACGCUUUGGGUUUACGUAUCUGGAUAAUAAACCGGACAUGUAAAAUUAUGUGAGCGGGAGUUUAAGGCAAUACUUACCAAAAUGAUCUCAUAGCAGCUACUGUUUAUGCUGCAUAACCUUCUGUGAGGAAUGAAUAUGAAGUAUUGGUUUUCCCUUCCUUCCUUCUUUCCUUCCUUCCUUCCUUCCUUCCUUCCUUCCUUCCUUCCUUCCUUCCUUCCUUCCUUUUCCUUCUUAUUUCCUUCCUUCCUUCUUUUUUCUUUCAGGACUGGGUGGGUAUUGAACCCAGGGUUUUGUACAUGAUAGACAGGUCGGCGUUCUACCUCUGAGCUGUCCUAAAGUGUCGAUUUUUCCCCAUGUAUUUGAAAGUUAAGUUGUCAGUAGUAUCUAUAUUUACUUUAAUUAGGUAAAGAAAAUUACAGAAUUGUUGUGGUAUUUUUUUUUCACAUCUCAAAGGUGAAAUUUUAUGGAAAUCUAAUGUUUUCCUCAAAUUUUCAGUCUGAAGAUAAAAGCCAAGAAAAAUAUGGAUGCUUUCUGAUUUUACUGUUUGUAUAAAGUGAUGUCAUGGUAUUUUGGAGCUAAGACUUUUUACAGGUUAAAUCUGCCUUAAGUAUGUUGUGAGUUUACUUAAAGACCAACUUGUGAUAUAAAAAUAUAAAAGUCAUUACCAAACCAGGACUAUGAAACAAAUACUUUAAUUAAAAACAUGAGAAC